AUGUCAUAUUCAACUCUCAUACAGAAUUCUCAACAACGUGUUCUAUGUUCUUCAACAUUUGAUCAUUCUUGCUGCACAUCAUUACCGACUCCGUUAUGUAUUGUAACUCGAAAUGACGGUCUUAAGCUGGAUUUCAGUACUUUAAACUACACUGAACUGCACCAAAAGUACGUUCAACUAACCAAAUCAACAUUUAAGUCAAGUAAAACAUGUCGUAUGGUUAUGAAUACAAGAUACGGUAAGCCAAGUGUUAAUAUCACUGUUGAUUUUUAUGCGAAAUUCGAUGGCGGUCGAAUCGAACUAAAUCGGUUGCAUUUAACUAUUACAUUAGCUGUUGAUGAAAAUUAUGCGGAAUCAAAUAUUGUAAUCAUAUGCAACACUGACUUAUGUAAUGAAUACUAUUUCUAUGCAUAUCUUGUCAAUAGUCGACUAUGGAUUGACUAUUUGAAGUGCGACGUGACCUUCUAA